CGAUAUCCUACUUAUACGGACCUUCUACAAAUUUCCUCCAGAGGGCGUAUCACUUAGCUUGAAUCGCGAAUAGUUUUAAAAAGCACCUUUCUAAUAGUGUUUCGGGCUGCAAAAAAAGCUUGGAGGGCCGCAGGUUGAGUCCGGCUGUAAUACAUGGUAGGCAUCGUGGUCAGGUGAAAUAGAAAGUAAAAAUGGAAGAAAACGGCUUAAAAGAUACAGUGCUGGGAUUAUAUCACUUAAAAAAGUGGAGGGAAAUUUUAAAGUUAAAUGAAAAUUCCAGUGAUAACGGUGCUUUAAAAUUGUUAUGGGUAUGGCCGGAUGAAAAAAAUUUAUUUUUUAUUAAACGAAUAGUUAAUGAUUUAGCGUGUGAAGGAAUUUCUUCAAUAGGCUGCGGAUGUGGACUUUUGGAAUGGAUUAUUAAUGAAGCUACAGGUCUCCCAGUACUAGGAUAUGAAGUAAAUCAAGAAUGGUGGGAAAGUAAAUAUUCUAAUCCAAAAUUUAUAAAAUUAAAUUAUGUUCUAAACAUUAAUGAAGAGUGUUUAGAUUCAAAAUAUGCAAUACUUUUCUGCUACUUUAACGACAGAGAUGCAUUUCAAAAAUAUAUUAAAAACUACAGAGGAAAUGUGGUGUUUAUAAUUGGACCAGGAAAAGAAAACUGGAAACAUACAGAUCCAAAACCAUUCAGUCCUGAUUUUGGUGGUUGCGAAUGGGAUUUGUAUAGUUAUCAAGAAGUGAAAAAUACUGGUGAUUACAUUGCUGUAUAUGUAAGGCACAAUAAUUAUCUAAAUAUUUAAAAAGCAUUCUUGUAUAAUGAUUAAUCCUA